CGGAGGUGCAAACGAAUGCAAAAUGCUCCGAAAACACAGAUAGAUGAGAGGCACGACAUACAAGUUUGUCUGGCGGUGACAAAUGGAGGAAACGAAUGACACCGGAGACCUGCAGCAUUAGCCAAAGUUAAACGGGAGAGUUAGUUCGCCCGGCGACUGCGCUCCUCCGAAAUGCUGUCUGAGGUGCUGGAAGGCUGCCCGCCGGGAACAUUUGCCAAGGACCACUUCUAAGUGAUUUGCGCGCGAUGUUCCAGGGACGAUGGCACGCUGUCUGAGCAGCCAUGUAUGAGACCGACGACAACCACAGAAGUGAUGGCCCAGAUACAUACUCAAACCCAAGUGAGAGUGAGGAAAGAAAUGGAAUACCAUGGCCAGGGUUAAAUGGUGUUGUUGGAGAGAAAAUAGUAAAUGGCACUGAUACACUGAACUCAACCACAAGCUCCACUGCUACACACAAAAAGAAACCACAAUACAGCAAGAAUAAGUGCCAGGGAAACACUUCCGCCAACCGUGCUCCUCGAGCACUGUUUUGUCUGCGACUCAACAAUCCUAUUCGCCGUGCUGCUAUCUCCAUUGUUGAGUGGAAGCCUUUUGAUAUCUUCAUCCUUAUGGCCAUUUUUGCUAACUGUGUAGCACUGGGUGUGUCAAUACCCUUCCCAGAAGAUGACUCAAAUACAACUAAUCACCAUUUGGAACAAGUGGAAUAUGUCUUUCUUAUUAUAUUUACCAUUGAGACUUUUUUAAAAAUCAUUGCAUAUGGUCUAGUUAUGCAUCCCAGUUCGUACAUUCGCAAUGGCUGGAAUUUACUGGAUUUUGUCAUUGUUAUUGUAGGGUUGUUCAGUGUGGUGCUUGAACAGAUGACACACAAACCAGGGGAAUCCCACCAUAUGGGAGGCAAACCAGGAGGAUUGGAUGUAAAAGCUUUGCGUGCAUUCCGAGUUUUGCGCCCACUUAGACUGGUCUCUGGUGUGCCAAGUUUGCAGAUAGUCUUGAACUCCAUUAUGAAAGCCAUGGUUCCUCUUCUUCACAUUGCUUUACUGGUCUUAUUUGUCAUCAUCAUCUAUGCAAUCAUUGGCCUUGAGUUAUUCAUUGGGAAAAUGCACAAGACAUGCUUCUACACUGGCACUGACAUAAAUGUGGAAGAUGACCCAGCACCAUGUGCCUUCGCAGGUCAUGGCCGCCAGUGUCUGCAAAAUGGAACUGAAUGCCGUGGAAAGUGGGAGGGGCCUAAUGGUGGUAUCACCAAUUUUGACAACUUCUUUUUUGCAAUGUUGACUGUUUUUCAGUGUAUCACAAUGGAAGGAUGGACUGAUGUUCUAUAUUGGAUGAAUGAUGCCAUGGGAUAUGAACUUCCUUGGGUGUAUUUUGUCAGUCUUGUCAUCUUUGGAUCCUUUUUUGUGCUUAAUCUUGUCUUGGGUGUCCUUAGUGGAGAAUUCUCCAAGGAACGAGAGAAAGCCAAGGCUCGUGGUGAUUUUCAGAAACUUAGAGAGAAGCAGCAAAUGGAGGAAGAUCUUACUGGUUAUUUGGAUUGGAUCACACAAGCUGAAGAUAUUGAGCCUGAAGACGAAGAUGAUGAGGAAGAAGGCAAAAAGAGGGUCACUUUGGCUGACAUCUCUGAUAAGAAAAGAGGAAAACAUGGAUGGUUCAGUCAUUCCUCUGAAACUCACGCAAGUUUGCCAACCAGUGAGACAUCAGAAAACACUGAGACAGUAGAAGAAGAUCACCACACUGAUUGCUGUGCUGCUUGCAUGGCCAAGAUGAUGAAAAACAAAGUAUGCCGUCAGUUACGACGAUGGAAUAGGGCUUGUCGCCGGAAAUGCAGGGUGGCUGUAAAGUCAGUCGUGUUCUAUUGGCUAGUUCUUCUUCUUGUGUUCCUGAACACUUUGACGAUUGCAUCAGAACAUUACAAUCAGCCUGACUGGCUGGGCCAGAUACAAGAUAUUGCUAACAAAGUUCUCCUGUCCCUGUUUACGCUUGAGAUGCUUUUGAAGAUGUACAGUCUUGGUUUGCAGGGCUACUUUGUAGCUUUCUUCAAUCGUUUCGACUGUUUCGUUGUGUGUGGAGGCAUUAUGGAAACUAUCCUGGUUGAGUUUGAGGUCAUGCCACCCUUGGGCAUCUCUGUUCUUCGCUGUGUGCGGCUGCUGCGGAUUUUCAAAGUUACCAGACAUUGGGCUUCACUGUCCAACCUUGUUGCCUCGCUGCUCAAUUCCAUGAAGUCUAUUGCAUCACUCUUACUCCUACUUUUUCUGUUCAUCAUCAUUUUUGCCCUGCUGGGAAUGCAGCUCUUUGGAGGGAAAUUUAAUUUUGAUGAAACACAAACCAAAAGGAGCACUUUUGACACCUUUCCUCAAGCUUUACUAACUGUAUUUCAGAUUCUAACUGGCGAAGAUUGGAAUUCUGUCAUGUAUGAUGGAAUCAUGGCUUAUGGAGGUCCUGUUUUUCCAGGAAUGAUUGUCAGUGUUUAUUUCAUCAUUCUUUUCAUCUGUGGUAACUAUAUUCUCCUCAAUGUGUUCUUGGCUAUUGCAGUGGACAAUCUGGCAGAUGCUGACAAUAUCAACACUAACAAGAAAGGCAAAGAAGGAGAAAAAGCAGAAAGUGUAACUGAAGCUAAAGAGAGUGAAGUAAAUGGAGAUGUGAAGGUGGAUGUUGAUGGUUAUGAAGAACAAGAAGAAGGUAGUGAAGGAGCAGAAGAAGAUGCAGUGUCAGAAUCUCAGUCCACCUCCAACAUUGACAAGCUGGCUGAUUUUGCUCCCAAAGAAAAGGUCACGCCUAUCCCAGACGGCAGUGCUUUCUUCUGUCUCAGCAAGACCAAUCCGAUCCGUGUGGCAUGCCAUGCUCUGAUCAAUCACCACAUAUUCACCAAUCUUAUACUUGUGUUCAUCAUCUUAAGCAGCAUUUCUCUGGCAGCAGAAGAUCCCAUUAGAGCACAUUCAUCUCGGAAUCAGGUGCUUGGCUAUUUUGAUUAUGCUUUCACUUCAAUAUUCACUGUUGAAAUCCUUCUCAAGAUGACAGUAUAUGGAGCAUUUCUCCAUGAAGGUUCCUUCUGCAGAAAUUGGUUUAAUCUCUUGGAUUUGCUAGUGGUCAGCGUUUCGCUCAUCUCUUUUGGAAUACACUCCAGUGCAAUCUCAGUUGUCAAAAUACUACGAGUUCUUCGGGUUCUCAGGCCUUUGAGAGCCAUUAAUCGUGCCAAAGGAUUGAAGCAUGUGGUCCAAUGUGUUUUUGUUGCUAUAAGGACCAUUGGCAAUAUAAUGAUUGUGACAACACUUCUUCAGUUCAUGUUUGCUUGUAUUGGAGUUCAGCUUUUUAAGGGCAAGUUCUAUAGCUGCACUGAUGAGGCUAAAUACACUCCAGAGCAUUGCAAGGGAACAUUCAUAGUGUACAAAGAUGGUGAUGUGUCUCAUCCCAUGGUCCGGGAGCGAAUCUGGCAUAACAGUGACUUCAACUUUGACAAUGUGCUGUCUGGAAUGAUGGCACUCUUCACAGUGUCUACAUUUGAGGGCUGGCCAGCUUUAUUAUAUAAGGCGAUUGAUGCCAAUGCAGAGAAUGAGGGACCUAUCUACAACUAUCGUGUGGAGAUCUCUAUCUUCUUCAUUGUUUAUAUCAUUAUCAUAGCUUUCUUCAUGAUGAACAUCUUUGUGGGUUUUGUUAUUAUCACUUUUCGUGAGCAAGGAGAACAGGAGUAUAAAAACUGUGAACUGGACAAAAAUCAGCGUCAAUGUGUGGAAUUUGCACUGAAGGCUCAGCCACUCCAACUGUACAUUCCCAAGAACAAGUUUCAGUAUAAAUUCUGGGCCAUGGUGAACUCAACUUGGUUUGAAUACAUCAUGUUUGUGCUCAUCCUUCUGAACACAAUCACUUUGGCCAUGCAACACUAUAACCAGUCACAAGCCUUUAAUUAUGCAAUGGACAUACUGAACAUGGUCUUUACUGGACUGUUCACUGUUGAGAUGGUGCUUAAGAUUACUGCCUUCCAACCAAAGCACUACUUUUGCGAUGCUUGGAACACAUUUGAUGCUCUGAUCGUAGUUGGCAGUGUGGUUGAUAUUGCAGUAACUGAAGUCAGUAGUUCAGAGGACAGUUCCAGAAUCUCCAUCACAUUCUUUCGUCUCUUCCGUGUAAUGCGAUUAGUCAAACUCCUGAGCAAAGGGGAAGGCAUAAGGACUCUACUAUGGACCUUCAUUAAAUCCUUCCAGGCCCUGCCAUAUGUUGCUCUGCUGAUCGCGAUGAUCUUCUUCAUCUAUGCUGUCAUUGGAAUGCAGACUUUUGGAAAAAUUGCUUUGCAAGAUUCAACUCAAAUCAACCGAAACAACAACUUCCAGACUUUCCCUCAAGCUGUAUUGUUACUUUUCAGGUGUGCAACAGGAGAAGCCUGGCAAGAAAUCAUGCUGGCUAGCCUUCCUGGAAAGCGAUGUGAUCCAGAGUCAGACUUUGGCCCUGGAGAAGAAUUCUCAUGUGGGAGUAACUUUGCUAUCAUCUACUUUAUCAGCUUCUUUAUGCUAUGUGCCUUUUUGAUUAUUAAUUUGUUUGUUGCUGUCAUUAUGGACAACUUUGACUAUCUGACAAGGGACUGGUCGAUUCUUGGGCCACAUCACUUGGAUGAGUUUAAGAGGAUCUGGUCAGAAUAUGACCCUGAAGCAACAGGUCGCAUCAAACACCUUGACGUAGUAGCUCUGUUGCGCAGAAUUCAACCACCUCUCGGUUUUGGUAAGCUGUGUCCGCACAGAGUUGCCUGCAAGAGGCUCGUGGCUAUGAACAUGCCCCUGAACAGUGAUGGGACAGUAACCUUCAAUGCCACACUGUUUGCCUUGGUUCGUACAGCACUGAAGAUAAAAACAGAUGGCAACCCUGAGGAAGCCAAUGAGGAACUGAGGGUUGUCAUUAGGAAGAUCUGGAAACGAAUGAAGCCAAAGAUUUUGGAUGAGGUCAUUCCACCUCGUGAGGAGGAAGAAGUCACAGUGGGUAAAUUCUAUGCCACAUUCCUCAUCCAGGAUUACUUCAGAAAGUUUCGAAAAAGAAAGGAGAAAGGUAUGCUGGGUAGUGAACCUGAACCCAGCAAUUCAUCUGCAUUGCAGGCUGGCUUGCGUACAUUGCAGAAUAUUGGGCCUGAAAUCCGCCUGGCAAUGUCAUGUGACCUGGAAGGGGGGGAGGAGGAGGAUGAAGAAGAAGAUGAAGAGGAAGAGGAGGAAGAUGCAGGAGAGGACGAUGAUGCUCAUUAUAAGAGUGACAGCACAAUAUCAAACCACACAGGCCACGUGUCUGUCGACCGCCGCAGUUCAAAAUCCUCUGUAGCUGCUCAGUCUACCCACUCCAUUGGCAGUAUAGGUGGUAAUUCAGGAGGAGGAGAAGGAGGAGAAUCCAUGACCAACGGAGGUGUGGGACAUCGGCGAGUUUCAGUGGCAAGUCUACAUAAAAAUCAUGUUCCUAAUGGUGGUAUGACCUCAGGGCAGGCAACAGAGAACAGUGAUGCUGGAGGAGGAGAGGAUGACACUAACAGCAAGCCUGGAACAGACCAUUUUCCCAAAGCCAUUUCUAACAGUAGAGCUCGUUAUUAUGACAGAUAUAUGAGAAGAGACUCCAAUGAGGCUUACAGAUCAGCAGGACGGCGCAAUGAGGUGGUUCUAGAAGAGCCAGGAGAAGAGAGCUAUUCUGAGGAGCAAGGUUACUACAGUAGAGAAGAGAACACAGAAAGCACAGCAUCACGAGAAAGGCAAAUAUAUCCUGAUAACCGUUCCACAGUUCAAGGUCAAGGGGAAGGAUUGUACAACACCCAGGCACCAAACGCCACUUAUUAUGGGGGUCAUUACAUAAACGGUUAUGGUGAAGCUCGAAGAGUAACCAGAAGAAGACUUCUGCCUCCCACUCCUACAGGUCACAAGCCUGCUUUUAACAUGCAGUGUUUACGGAGACAAGGCAGUAGUGAUGACAUUCCCAUCCCUGGCACAUACCAUCAGAACUCACCGCCAUGCCGUGCACGCACUCAGACAUAUGGCAGCUAUGACUCCCGGCGUAGCACUAGUUGCUCCUCUACAGGCUCCUCACACUCAUGGGCUACAUCAGGACCUCGUAGGGGAAGACUGCUUUAUGCUCCCCUUAUCCUGGUAGAAGAAGAUGGAUCAGGGUUAUGGGGAGAUAAGAAGUCUGGUAGUGCCAGUCUGCCUACAGCAGCAUGUCCAUCCUGGUAUGCCUCAGAUGCUACUGGCAAUGGAGCACGCCAGCCCUACCAUGCUUACACAACUCUGCAUGUACCCACGCACCUUCAAAGAGGGUACAGUGAAAAGAGAGGAAGUGCUGACAGUCUUGUGGAAGCUGUCCUAAUUUCAGAGGGACUCGGCUUAUAUGCCAAGGAUCCAAAGUUUGUGGCAUUUGCCAAAAGGGAGAUUGCAGAUGCCUGUCACAUGACGAUUGAUGAGAUGGAGAGCGCUGCUAGUGAUCUUCUAAACCGGAAUAUGUCAUCCAGGAGCACAGGGGGCAACAGUGGAGUUCUUCAGCAAAAGGAAAUAGAGCAAUCGGGUUUGGGACUCCUUUACAGUGAUGAGGAACCAAUUCGAUGCAAGGAAGAGGAGGAUCUGGCUGAUGAGAUGACUUGUGUUACUUCGUUCUGAAAACUAUUGAUGAGAGAGAACUUGUGCAGAAAGUGGAAUCAUUUAAGGACCACUAAAAUGGGGCAACAGUGUGCCAAGGCAGUGAGAUUUUUAAUUAUGCUUCUGUUCACAGAGUGGCAUAUUUUCAUUGCUUUAAUCAAAGGUUAUACUGAAGAAGUAAGGAGACUUCAGGAUUGAUUUCUAGAACAAGAAGGUGCAUGGUGCUCAUCAUUCCAAUGAAUAACCUUUAAAUAAAAAUGGGAUCAUAUUUUUUCAGCUAUUUCAACCUUGACUGAACCAUUUCAUUCACCCUCUGCUUAAAGGGUUUAAGAAAAAAUGCCAGAAUAUUCUUGAGGGGGCAAUUCCACAAAAUGUUCUAAAUCUGCUUGAACAGCUAGUUAUCGACUGAUACUAAGCCCUUGUGGAUCACAGCCAGAGUCACAUGAAUUUUAGAAAUGUAGGGGAAUUGUGCUAAGUAUUACACCCACUAUAAUAUUCCAAAGGAACGGUGUUGUUAAAUUGUUUCAUGCUUUUAAUACUGCUGUGUAAUCAUAACUUGUAAAUGUAUUAACAAUGUAAAAUAAUGCAGAUGUGAAUUUGAAACUAUUAUCAGAUUAUAUUUGUAUAGAGAUAAAACUGUUUUGUAUGAAGACUUGUAAAUAAUGUAUCUAUGUUUUUAUUUGUUAACUUUCUGUGUAUUUUUUUUUCUUUUCUUUUUGUUUCAAGUCAAAAGUUUUUAUGAUCAGGUUCUUGUCUGUUUACGUGAUCUCAGUACCAAAAACUGGAGCAGAGCCAAAUGUUUCUUGUUAGACCAUCUGUUCUGUUAGAUUCACAAACAAGCUACUGUGGACACAUUAGAAUGGGGAGGAUUUUCUCUUUAGGUUAUGUACAGGAAUAAGCAUUUAAAUUUGUGAGAUUCUCCAAAAUAAUCUUUAAUUUUAUUUGUUUUUAUUAAAGGGCUUCUGGUCUCAUGAUUUCAUAUGUAUUGGCUUUAGUAUCACUUAUCAUUCAUCCACCUUUCUUUUUCUUCUAUGUCAUUGCUUUUAUUAACACUAACCUUGUGUUAACAUAAAUAUUCAAGUUAAUGCCCCAUCAUUUUGUGACCAGCAACAUCACAGAUUGUUAGACAAUUGGCACUGAUGUCUUAGUCAUAAGUAAUUUCACCAGUAAUGUCAUCAGAGGCCUCAUUUACUGUAUCUUUUAUACUGUGCAAUGUCAUACCUUAAUGUGGCAUUCUGUUUAGCACACAACUUUUUAGCAGACAUCUUGUAUAGUUUAGAUGUUUUCAACCAAUAUUGAAUCAUCCUGUGGCAAAGAUGCUUUCACCUCUAAGAGACUGCUGAGGCAAAUAUUACAUCAUUUGUCCUAUUCUGUCACUAUUAUGGCAGGCAGGUUCUCACUAAUUUAAGAUUUUGCCUUCUUAGUUUCAUAUUACUAGUGAUCUUCUUCAUGUCACUCUUAAUGCCAACAUACUGGUUCUCACUUUACUGUUUCACUUCAAACUACUUGCUUUGACUCUCUAAAAGUGUGUCUUAUACAACCAAGGGCUCAGACUGUCUACACAGCUGUUCCACUACCACUGUUGACAUGAUUUUUUACAAUAUAUUUACAGAACAGAAUAACUGGACAGCCACAGUAUCACAGAUAUUCUGGUAAAAUGAGCAGGGAAACCAGAAGGCCAUCAUCUCACUCUGAAUGCUUCUGUUAACAGGCAUCGGUUACAUUGAUUUAUACAAAGAAAUUGACAUGACCAAGUGAAACCAUUAGAAGAAAAGGACAGCAGUAUAAAGCAGUGGCUAGGCCUUUAUCCCCAAUCUGUCCUUUCACACAAACAGAAGAAAGAAUUGUUUCUAGUUCACUUUUAGGUACAUUUUAUCUCUUCUUACGUUCCUCAAAUUACUAAAAAAAACAAACGAUAGAUGUAACUGUCUCAAAAACCAGAAUUGUCUUCAGUGUGCUGUGGUUUGUCCACACCUGGAAAUCUGAGCACAUCAGACUAUACAUACAGUACACUAGUUGGCCAGCAAUAUUAGCUGUGUAGUGUGAAUGUAGCACUAUAUAUUUAUAUAUUUUGUAUAUUUGUAAAAGGUGUAAGUAUAUUUUAUUAUUGCUGUUAUUAUUGUCCCUAUUGGUAUUGAUGGAAGUAAUGUUGGCUGAAUAAUCUUGCAAUAUUAACAUAGACUGAUAAAGUUCUUUUACUGAGUAAAAAAUGUUUUCUUCUGAAUUAUCUCUUCUCCUUUUUGAAUUAUUUAUUUUUCAUUUCUGUAAUGAAAUCUACCAAUAGACAGAGCUUUCUGUCUGUGUUCUCCAAAUUGUCUGUCAUACCAAGUCCUACUGUUCUCUCAUGUUUUUAGCUCAUCUGUGACGUGCACCUGACACAAAAAGGGACCAACUAACCUCCAAAGUUUGUUUUUUAAUGGGAGGUAGAAAGAAAUGUCAAAACCAGCUAUACACCUGUUAUUUGUAACCUUUUACCUGUCUCACUGUCUAUAUUGUACCCCAUGUAAUCAUCCCUUCUAUCUUUUAUCAAUAGGCUGCUUGGUGACUGGGGCCAUCUUUUAUUUUCACUCUUAUACCUCAUUCCAGUUCACCAUGAAUAGAGGACUUUACAAAGCAUCCUUGGUAUCCUUAAGGGAUUGCAGAUAGACAAGUAAUGAUCAAUUGUAGCACUGCAACACUAGUAAUCAAUUAUUGGACAGAGACACUGAGUUUAAGCUUUUACUUAAAAAUUAUAUUUAUUUGCA